AUUAUGUUGAGAAAGAUAUUUUUUAUUAAUGACAAGAAAAUAACAAAAUUUUCUACUGUUUUGCUUAUAAUAAUUUAUUCACUGAUUCAGUGUUUGCAAAUAUACUACAUGUGCAAAAAUUUCAGCUUAAACCUCUUAAUUAAAUAUAGCCCAGUAACAAUAUUUUUCCUAUUUAUGAUUGUCACAGCAAUUUUUUGUAUGACUAUGGACAAGAAAAUUUGUGAAAUGGUAACAUUUGUGCAAAAAACUUGUUGGUCCCUUAAUAUGAUAAGAAGAGAUGCUCAAAUAAAAUUCGAGAAAAAAUGUCAGGUCAUAAAUAUCUGUAUAUUUUUCAUUCUGCUACUUAAUAUAAUCGGAAUGAUCGUCAAUUAUCCACAUUUUGGAUCUCAAAAAGAUUUUUUCAUUUGUUUUACAGUUUUUGAGGAAUAUUUUGGCGAAUGGUCGUUUAUUCCUUACUAUUGUUAUAUAGUAGGAACUCCACUUUUAUAUUACUAUUACUUAAAAAUUUGUUUUAUUUGUGUUUAUGGAAUUUUACAAGUACAGCUACAAUUCUUACUUAUUGAAGAAUAUUUAUUACAAAUAUAUGAGAUUGAUCAUCUGAAAAGUUGGAAAUAUUUACAAGAUGCUCAGUACCAACAAGAAAUUGGAAAUAUGUUACGUCAUUGUAUUACACACCACAUUGCUUUAAAAAAGUUUUAA